AUGUCGUACCGAACACACCCGCUCCGGCAAUCACAAAACCUCGACACAGAAGGAAACGUCAACCGGCAACCCUCGACUGCCUCGUCGUCUGCCUCGUCUGGCUACUCUAAUUUCUCCGAGCGCAGUCGCGCCAGUACAGUAUACUCCUCAGCCUCGAGCGGCUACGCCGCCGCUCACACCCACAAACGGGGCAUGAGUGAUGUCAGUCGCUUCAGCCAGCGUCCGCUGGAAGAUGACGUCUUUACAAGUUCGAAGAAGAAGGAGGAGGGCAACAUCUUCAACAUUGCUCGCAUGUCCUUACGACCACUCCCCCAAGCUCCCGCCGGGCCGUCACCCGCAUCCUCGCACUCGCCCUCGCCCGAGCGGAAACCGACGAGCUAUCGCCAUGACCGCGGCCAAAGCAUCGACGUCGGCAGAUUCUCACUCUCGCAAAACGAUGGCAGCAGCUCGCCCACGCCCACAGCUACACCCAAGAAGGCUACAACGCCCAAGGCUACAACGCCCAAGGCUACAACGCCCAAGACCACAACACCCAAGGCCACAACCCCCCAGCCGACAACGCCCACCUCGAGGCCCUCGCCGAUUCGACCGCACUCUAUGCUCUUGACUCGAUCCGACUCGGUCAGCGUGGGCAGCGCCGCCCUGCCUCACGCGAACUCGCCGUAUCACCCACACCAGACGCACGCCGCGCCACUUGAACGACCCGAUCUUCAGAGCUUUGGAAGGUCCUCGACAAGCCACUUUCGCACGCUUUCAAAGCUCGCGCAAACCGACUCUGCCGACGACUUCAAAAUCACAUCUCCCGCACAGGAGGUCGUCGGCCUACGCGGUCGACGCAGGCUGCAGAGAACAGGCGAAGACAAGGGCCGUGCAGGCCAAAAAAGUGGCGGUUACGGCUGGGAAGGGAGGAAUUGGAUGGAUAAACAACGACAAUUCCUUCAGGCCUACGAAUACCUUUGCCACGUCGGCGAAGCCAAAGAGUGGAUUGAGGAUGUCAUUCACAGGGACAUUCCGCCCAUUGUGGAACUGGAAGAGGCCUUGCGAGACGGCGUCACUCUAGCUGAGAUCGUGGAGACGUUGAACCCAGAUCGUCGGUACCGCAUCUUCCGUCACGAAAGGCUGCAAUACCGACAUUCGGACAAUAUCGCCAUCUUGUUCCGAUAUCUCGACGAGGUCGAACUUCCCGACCUCUUCCGCUUCGAGCUCAUCGAUUUGUACGAGAAGAAAAACAUCCCCAAGGUCAUUUAUUGCAUUCACGCCCUCAGCUGGCUGCUGUUCAGGAAAGGAAUCGUCGACUUCCGCAUUGGCAACCUUGUUGGUCAGCUGGAGUUUGAGCACCAUGAGCUCGAGGCCAUGCAGAAAGGACUCGAUAAACUCGGGGUUAGUAUGCCCAGUUUUGGCAAUAUGGGUGCCGACUUUGGCGUUGAACCCGAGCCCGAGCCGGAAGAGACGGAAGAAGAGCGCAUCGACAAAGAGCUGGCCGAAAACGAGGGCUCCAUCAUUGAGCUACAGGCACAAAUCAGAGGCGCUGCGCUGCGAAUGAAACUAGGCGACACCAUGCAGAAGCUCUGGAACUCUGAGGCAGCUCUCAUCGAGUUGCAGUCUCGAAUCCGUGGCGACUUCACGCGUCAGAUCAUGGACUACAGGCUUCAGAUGAGAAAGUUUGCUGUGAAUUUGCAGUGCCAAGCCCGCGGCUUCCUCGUCCGACGACGACUCGCCAACAAAGAACGAUUCUGGAGGAGCUUGGAGCCUGAUAUCUUGGAACUACAGAGCCUUAUCCGGGCUAAGAAGGUCCGUGAUGAGGUGCAGUACUCCAAAUCUCAGCUCGCUAUGCACGAAGGUCCUGUAAGGGGCAUCCAAGCGGCAUUCAAGGGUUAUCUCGUCCGAAAGAGCUUCGACAGUCAAAGAAGCGAAACGCAACAGACAUCUGGUCAGGUGCAGCAGCUUCAAGCUGCUGCUCGGGGCAUGCUAUUACGAGGCCGGGUUGAAAGGGAUCAACUUUCCCUCGAACAACAAGCCCCGGCCAUCAUCGACUUGCAAGCGGUUGCGAGGGCGUUGCUGAUGAGGGAUCAAAUCGCCCGCGACCAGGAGCAUCUUCAAGGCUUCGCUCCGCAGUGGACUGCGCUCCAAGCCAAGCUACGUGGCAACGUCGCCCGUUCUGCCAUUCUCUCAACCAAAGCAGAGCUCAAGGAACACUCACCUCAGCUCGGACAGCUGCAGGCCUUUGUGCGCGCUGGAGCCGUGAGACGAGACGUCGCUCAGACGCUCGAGGCAUUGGCUAGCAACGAUGGAGCCAAUAUUCAGCUGCAGUCCUGCGUACGUGCAAUGGCAACCCGAGGCCGUCUUGCAGCCGACAAGGAAGCCUUGACACAACAAGAGCCUGCCAUCACUCGUCUGCAAAGCCAUAUCCGAGGCCACCUAUGCCGCUUACGACACACGCAACUCCUCGAAGAGCUCGAGUCGCAUGCAGAAGAUAUCAGCAAACUGCAAGCUCUAGCAAAGGCUAUGAUGGUUCGAGAGGAGAUUGGCUUUGUGAUUGCUGAGCUUGAAGAGGAAGAGCAAUCUAUCAUUGCCAUUCAGGCAGCUGCCAACGCCUUCCUUGUUCGGGCUCGGUACAGGGAGAAGCAAAAGUUCUUCAACGAGAACAUGCAGAAAGUCGUCAAAAUCCAGAGCUUUAUCCGGGCGAAGAUUCAGGGAGAAGCCUACAAAAGUCUCACGACAGGCAAGAACCCGCCAGUUAACGCCGUCAAGAACUUUGUGCAUUUGCUCAACGACAGCGACUUUGAUUUCAACGAGGAGAUUGAAUUCGAGCGGAUGCGCAAGACGGUCGUUCAACAAGUUCGGCAGAACGAGAUGUUGGAGCAGUACAUCGACCAACUCGACAUCAAGAUUGCCCUGCUCGUCAAGAACAAGAUCACACUGGACGAAGUUGUACGACACCAGAGCAACUACGGCAGCCACUCUAUCGGUCUGCUAGCAAACUCAUCCAUCUCUUCUGCCAACCACUUCGACUUGAAGGCGCUGAACAAGAGCUCCAGAAAGAAACUGGAAUCCUACCAGCAGCUCUUCUUCAAUCUCCAGACACAACCUCAAUACCUUGCAAGGGUUUUCAAGCGGAUUCGAGAACAGGGUACACCGGAGAAGGAAUGCAAACGUAUCGAGCACCUUAUGAUGGGCUUGUUCGGUUAUGCCCAAAAGCGAAGAGAAGAGUACUACCUGUUGAAGCUGAUCGCCCGUUCGAUGCGCGAGGAGAUUGACGGCACACGAGACGUGCAGGACUACCUACGCGGCAACUUCUUCUGGUCAAAACUGCUUUCCAACUACGCUCGAUCCCCGCGAGACCGAAAGUACCUCCGCGAGCUGCUCGGCCCGUUGGUUCGCGACAAUAUCGUCGAGGACCCAGCCCUCGACCUAGAGAGCGAUCCCCUACAAAUCUACCGCUCAGCCAUCAGCAAUGAGGAGCUUCGAACCGGCCGGCCAAGCCAUCGUCCCUUGGAUGUUCCCCGCGAAGUCGCUAUCAAGGACCAGGAGACGCGAGAUCUGUUCAUCGACCACCUGCGGGAUCUCAGGGAGAUUUGCGACCAGUUCUUGUUUGCGCUUGAAGAUCUCCUUGCCAAGAUGCCUUAUGGUCUCCGGUUCCUGUGUAGGCACAUGUUUGAAAGCCUCUGCCAACACUUUGAGAAGGAACCCCAACAUCACAUAUUGCAACUUGUGACCAAUUGGUUGUGGAAAUUCUACCUGCAGCCCGCAGUAACCGCACCCGAGAAUGUUGGUGUCAUUGAGAAGCAGCUCAGCCCUCUCCAGAAGCGCAAUUUGGGUGAGGUUGCCAAGGUCCUCAGCCAGGUUGCAUCUGGGAGGCCUUUUGGUGGGGAGAAUGUUUACCUCCAGCCUCUGAACGCCUUCUUGGGCGAUUCGAUCGAUCGAUUCGCCCACAUUACGCACGAGAUCAUCUCCGUUCCCGAUGCUGAGAGCACAUUUGACAUUGAUGAAUUCAACGAUCUGUACGCCAAGAACAGGCCGACGCUCUACAUCAAAAUGACGGACAUCUUCGCCAUCCACAGCUUAAUCGCAGCCGAACUGCCGUCCGUGUGCCCCAACCGGGACGAUAUUCUCCGAGAGAUCAUGCAGGACCUCGGAAGUGCCAAGAGCAACGAGAGUGAGAUGCUGGCUGCGGGCUCAUCUGAUAUUCAGAUGUUCCUGACGCCCAAGCUGCACGAUGUUGACGAUCCGGAUGCGGAGGUUAAGGCGCUCUUCAUGGAGACGAAGCGAUGUGUGUUGUAUAUUGUCAGGGUGCAGUCUGGUGCGAACCUUCUCGAGGUCCUCGUCAAGCCCAUCACACCGGAGGACGACCACAGGUGGAAGAUGGUGCUGCGGGACGACUUCUCGAGCAAGGGCUCGCGAGGUGCCUACUCGGACGCGAACAUGAUUGAUGUCACUCGCAUGUCGUACCACGAGCUCAAGCGAACGGCGCUGGAGAACGUCAUGAGGCUCGAGCACAUGGGCAGGAUAUCCAAGCACAAUUUCUACCAGGACAUCCUCAACGCCAUCGCGCUCGACAUUCGCACCAAGAGCCGCAGGCGGGUCCAGCGGCAGCGCGAGAUCGAAGGCGUCCGCAUGACGCUGUCCAACCUUCACGACAAGGCCAAGUACCUGGAGCAGCAGCGCAAGAGCUACGACGACUACAUCGAAUCGGCCAUGGCCACGCUGCAGAAGAACAAGGGCAAGAAGCGAUUCUACGUCCCGUUUACCAAGCAGUACAACCACCAACGCGAGCUGGAGCGCAGCGGCCGCGUUCCCAAGUUUGGCAGUUUCAAGUACAGCACGCGCGCUCUGGCAGACAAGGGCGUGGUUGUCGCCUGGACGGGCGUUGGCGACUGGGACAAGAUCAACCUCACCAUCAGCUGUGACGAGGUGGGCGUGUUCGCCAUUGAGGGUUCCCGCGGACACAUACAGAUGCCAGGAGCAAGCGCACAGGUGCCCAUCGAAGAUCUGUUGCAGGCUCAGUUUGAGUCGCAUCAGUUCAUGAACCUUUUCGAGGGAAACCUCAAGCUCAACGUCAACCUGCUCCUGCAUCUUCUCUACAAGAAAUUCUACAGGACGCAAUAA